AUGCAUAAAAGGGUAUAUAUGACCGUAAUAUUUGUCAUGCAAAUAGUCAUGGUUCAAUGUCAAACGUUAUACGGUUAUACCAGUACAGGCUGUACAGGACAACCGUCAGUCAGUAUCGAUAUAGGCACAGACCAUUGUUACACAGUCCAAAUAUCUAAUGAAGAUUCGUUUAGUUAUGAAAGCGAGGAUGGAUAUGUUAUGAUUGUCUGGGGUGAAGAUGGUUGUGCCAAUGCACCAAUUCUUAUUUAUACACAACCAGGAUGUAUACGCGUAGAUGGGAACCUGAAUAUGUCGUUUGCGCUAAUAAACGCAACCACUAUAUUAGAAGUGAUUAGCCUAAGAGUUGCAGCAAUAAUUAAAAAAACUGAAGUAAUCGCUAGGAAUUGCCUGUGCCACGGCUAA